CACGGCGGUUGAUUUCGGGAAGAAGAUAUUCUUUCGGAACUGUGACUGCAAAGACAAAAAACAUACUAGGAUCCUUGGUGGCAGGAAUAACAUCUUCAAAAGAAGCUGGCUGGAACUUCACUCUCAAUAAGUCAGAUUUGGCUGUAAUUCUAGUCUUUGUGGAAAGUAGUUUAGGAAAGGAAAAAACUGCUGAUCGAGAAAACCUCCUAACUUGA